GUGAAUAAAGGGAAGAGGAGGGAAAUGAUUCGGAAUGACGACUUUAAGAUCCAGCUCACUGUAUUUUAAAGCAGUCAGACAUGUGGUAUGCAUAGUAGAGCAGGAGGGAAAGUGGCAGCAAAUUGGCAGAGGAAAACAGCACAUCUGGAUUGAUUUUCGGAGCGAUUCCACUCAGACGAGCUACCAAAUGGAGCCAGAAAUCCCAGGAACAACACCCUCAGCUUUUCCCACCAGUCUCGCAAAUCAUAGCCUGUGUCCUGAAUCAGAGGCAUGGGAUUGGUUGUACACCAUGCAGCCAGUAUACAUGUUUGUCAUCUGUGUGCUAGGAAUCCUGGGAAAUGUCUUUGUCCUGCUAGUAUUUUGCCUGCACAAGAAAGCCUGCUCUGUGGCAGAGAUAUACCUGGGUAACCUGGCUGCAGCUGACCUUCUUCUAUCAUCUUGCCUACCUUUCUGGGCCAUCAAUGUGGCCAGUGGUUUCAACUGGCAUUUUGGCUCACUCAUGUGUCGUUUGGUAAAUACUGGCAUCAAAAUGAACAUGUACUGCAGCGUCUACUUCCUGGUAAUGGUGAGCAUUGACCGCUAUCUGGCUCUGGUGUUUGCUCUGACUUAUGGCAGAAUGCGGCGGCCGUGGUAUGCUAAGCUGAGCUGCUUGGCUGUGUGGAUUCUGGGAAUCAUCCUGAGUGUCCCGACACUUACCUUCAGGGAGGUAAAGUUCAUCUCAGAGUACUCGGUAACUGCUUGCAUUCUGAGCUACCCCAGCUACACAGCGGAACUGGCCUGUGACAUUCUGCUUGUCCUGCUGGGCUUCAUCAUACCUGUCACUGUCAUUUCCUACUGCACAUGCAAGAUCAUACAAGCAUUACACUGGCAAGUAAUGGAAAGGUUCAAUUCAGUAAAUAAAGAGAGGAAAGCUACAGUGCUGGUGCUGGCUGUUCUUCUGGCAUUUCUGCUGUGUUGGGUUCCUUUUCACCUGGUAACCAUUUUAGAUAUCCUGAUGAGAAUUGAGGUAUUAAGUGGGUGUGCACUAGAAAAUGCUCUGGAUAUCUGUAACCAAAUAUUCACAUAUUUGGCACUGAGCAACAGCAUACUCAAUCCAAUCCUCUAUGUGAUAGUUGGCAAAAACUUCAGAAAGAAAGUAAAGGAGCUCCAUUCAUCAACACGGAAAACAUUUGCAUGAUAAAAAAGCAAACAAUUUAAGUCACUGAACAGAUGAAAUAAGCAUUUGU